AUGACUCAAUUGAAUGAACUUCCGCUGUCCUACGCAGCUUUUAGACGGAAUCUGCAGGGUCAGGAUGUUAGUAUUCCUAAUAUCUAUAACCUAUUCCCUGAAUGGGGACCGAGGAUACAUCCCGAGUACCAAAGGGCAAGGAAUGAGAUUCUAAACCCUUGGAUUAGUCGCUGGGUGGAUGAUGCGAGGAUCAGUUGCAAGCUUCAAAAAGCCGAGUUCGGUCUCUUCGCUGCCAUGUUAUGUGCAGAAGCUUCAUUUGAGAAGCUCUGCACGGUAGCAAAAUCCUUUGCAUGGUAUUUCAUCUGGGAUGACAUCUUCGAUUGCGGUUCCUUGAAAUACAACUCCGAGGGCGCAAAAUGCUACCGGCAAGCAAGCAUAGAAUAUUUUGAGCAUCAACUCCUUGAUGCGCGAGACCCGCCUGACCUGUCGCCGUUUACGCUUGAAUUACAGAAAGCUUUACUAUGCUGGGAUGAAGUAGGUUCACACAUCCGUGAAGUCUGUUCGAAAGAAACUCGUGCCAUUCUUCUGGACCGCAUGGUUGAGUAUGUUGCCAGUGUGGAUAAUGUGGACAGUCUGUACAGUAACAACAGAAGAGUUCCUUCCCUCCAGGAAUAUUGGGAGCGCCGAGAAUGUACAGCAGGUGUUUACCCGGUCAUUGCCACAAUUCCAUUCGCCUACGACCUCGAUAUUACUAAAGCCACCGUUGAGAAUCCUUACAUGAAGAAACUGUGGAAACACACCUCCUACCUGGUCCACAUAACAAAUGAUAUGUUCUCCAUGCGAAAGGAAAUUAAUGACAUGCAGAUCGAAAACCUCAUCCCGAUAUUGAUGCUAAAUAAAGGGAUCCAAUGCAAUGACGCAAUGCAAACAAGCUACGCAUUCGCAACGGAAGAAGCCUCAAAGUUCCAAGAGGUAGAGAAUAUACUUUCACUGGGGCUGGGUAAAACCUCAACGCAGAUUUCAGAUGCUUUUGUGAGGGGAUGUAAAGACGUUGUGAUGGGGCUCAUCCACUGGAGCUAUUCUGGUACACGAUAUUUUCAAAAAACCGAGAUUGGUGCAGACUAUGUUAUUCGGUUCCAAAUUGGUAGUUCCCAAAGAGAUGCCAAGCAAACAAGCUUGAAUAUGGCCCGGUUGACUUGA